GGCCAGGGCCCGAGGGCACCGGGAGCCACCUCCCUGCUCCUGAGCUGCCCCCUGGGCAGGGGCUGUGCUGGGCAGUGGGAUGCACUGCGCUGAGCUCCCCAUCAGCCCCGGCUCCAGCCCACGGGACCUGGAGCCUCCCCUGUCUCCUGGCGCUUCGUGGAUCCGGGUCGCUCUUCGUUCCAUCCGGGGUCUGAUUUAUGGUCAGGCUGAUGGCGCCGGGCGCUGGACCUUGGCAGGAGCCUGUAGGGCACCGUGCACCACCAAGCAGGCACCAGAGGACUGGCACAAGGCUGGCACACUGCCUCUCUUCACAGACUGCGAGCAGAGGCCCCAGGGAAGGACGGACCAGAGCCAGCUCCACCCCGAGCGCGGGGUUUAAAUCCAACCGGGGCGGCUGGGGGAGCUCAGACCUGGCUCCCGGCAGCACCAUGAAGCCAGCAGGCACCGUCCUCCUCCUGGGGCUCCUGGCCCUCAGGGCAGAGCUGCAGACUGUGCCCAGGGAGAAGCCCGGCGUCUGCCCCUCCUCAGCACCCGACGCUCUGGAUCCCUGCUUCUUCCUCUGCUCCAGUGAUUACAGCUGCCCGGGGAGUCAGAAGUGCUGCCUCAUCCCCUGCGGCUAUGCCUGCCUCGACCCCCUGCCCGCACCCAGGGACAUCUGCAGGCUCCCCCCAGACCCUGGCCCCUGCCCUGAGGCCAUCCCACGCUGGUUCUACCACUGGCCUUCCCGGCGCUGCAGGAGGUUUGAGUCCGGCAGCUGCUCCGGCAAUGCCAACAACUUUGAGACCAAACGCAAGUGUCUCUGGGCUUGUGCAAGCCACGGGAGCUGGGCCGCCUGCCCCGAGCCGCAGGGAGUGGGGCCGUGCGUGGAGCUGUGCGGGGCCGGCGGGGCUUGCGGGGAAGGAGAGAAGUGCUGCAGUAACGGCUGCGGGCACCAGUGCAUGAGAGUGACAGGAGGGCCCCCCUAAGUGCCCGGACCACCUGGGAUGGGCGGCUUCAGCACAAGAUGCGUCGCCAGGACCGGACCCAGCCCCCGGAGCACCCCCGCCCAGCCCCUGUGCGUCUCCAGCUGCUGCUUGGCUCCCUGGUGACCCAUGGGAAGGGGCGGUGCAAAUCACUGGAGGGGCCUGAGCAAGCCCCCUGCCAUGACACCCCUUCCCUGGCAGCGGGGUCCCCCGAGGGUGCGAGUGGGGGAAGGGGCAGGAGCUGAGGCUCUGGCCAUGGGUCCCUGGGUCCCUCCUUUUCCCAAUAAACACUGAUGGAUGCGCCCAG